AUGCGUUUAAUUUUUAUCAUCAGUGCUGCAACUGUAUGUCUUUCUAUUAUUGAACUAAUAAGCCAUGAGCAACUAGAAAGCACUGGCGCAUACAUAAUUGAAGAAAUCCAAAAGGACAGAAGUGAGGGAACUGAUGAGCUAUUUUUGAUGAUUGGGUCAGUCACAAGCAUUUGCUUCUUUCUUAUCAGUGGUAUUUGCUACUUAACUGGAUAUAAAGAAAUAGGAUUACUAGGAAUUUUUGGAAGCCAGCUGGGUGCUGCAUUCUCUGGUGUUCUGAAAUCUGCCUUUGCUCACCCACGGCCGUUUUGGAAAUACUCAGAAAUUGACGCUCUUCAAUGCUCAAAAGACUUUGGGGCUCCGUCAGGCCAUGCUAUGUCAGCUGGUGGUAGUUUAUUUGUAUUAGGAUAUAUAUGAAUGAAAAAUACCGACCGAUGAUAUAUAAAACUUUUUAUUAUAAUUAUGAUCUCUAUUAUUACAGCCUACGACAGACUGUAUUUAGGCGUUCACUUUUAUUUUCAAAUAAUCCUUGGCUAUGCUUUUGCCUUACUAAUUUCUGCAAUAAUUGUCCAUCCUUCAAGCAUAAAUUUACUUCAAAAAUUUGGCAAUGAUAAGUUAAGUACUAUAAGGUAUAAGAGGAUUAACCACUAGUCUAACAAUCUGGAGUAGACCCACCUAACCUAACGAUUAGCUGCCUGGGCUAGAGCCGCCUCUUGCAGGUGCCCCCCUAGUUCUAAUAGACAAAGACUAAGUAGGAGGCAAAGCCUGUCUAGCAUCUGGAAGGACAGGAAAGCCUUCAGGUUAGACAUAAAAUUCCCUAUUCGGCAGCAUCCAAAACCUGAAGGCCUAAUUCUAAAAUUGACAAAGAUAUUGCAUUUAUCUUCAUCAGGAUGAGUCUUACCCGCCCCAUAGGUAUCCUCAAAGUCCUAUUUCUGUUAGCAUCACCAUUUUUAUUCUAGGCAUUAAUAAGGAAUUAUUAAUAAAAAGCCAAAUAACAUGACUUUUAUUAUUGGUUUUUUCUACAAUUUUUUGUUUGUGUAGAAGUCCUGAUUGAGAUGAAUCGUGGUCUAUUAAUUAUGAAAAAGCAUGUGGAAAUAGUUUUGCGAUUGAAGAUGUGAUUAUUAAGAAUACUGCAGAUUCUUAUGUCUUUAGCUUGUUGGGAGGAUUAACAAUGGGGCAUUAUCUGCAAAAAGAGAAAGGGGUGCCUGAGUUCUCACUUCUAGCAAUAAUUAUAUCUGGAUUUUUGCAUUUGGGGUUUAUCAAUAUAUGCCUUAAGAUGAUAGAAGGAUAUAUCUCGCUGAGCACAAGCAAUUUUUUAGGUUGAAUUUUAUUAUUCAUCACAAGAUACAGUUGUGGAAUAAUUUAUGCGUACUUUUUACCUAACUCCCCUCUGUGAAUAAGCAAAACUAUUGGGAAAUCCUUAUUGUUUUUUACCAAAAAAUCACCCUCCUUAAGCGAGCAAGCAGUUUUUUUUAAAAAAAUAUUUUAAUAUAUAAGUAGUAAUUAUUAUAAUGAAAUCUCUAACUAAUUCUGUUUAAUUUUAAACAGCUUGCAUUUUAAAAUACAAAUUUUACAAAUUAAAUCAAUAUUUGCUUUCCAAUUUUUGAGAAUUGGGAGUUUUGAAAAAAAAAAUUUGCUUAUAAUUUUUUAAAAAAAAAUUAACCCUCUCUGUAAGCGAUCAAAAUUUGCUUGUUCGCUCACGGAUGGGGAGGGAUUGAGAUAAUUUUUAAGCUAUUUAGAAAAAAUGAAGCUUUAGAGCAAAGAUUUUCAGUGUUGACUUUUAAAAUCAAAGUAUAG